AUGGACAACAUGAUCCUCAACGCCGAAAUCGACGAGAGCCCGCUCUCAACUACAUCCAUGGACCGCCGUAACUCCCUCGAGAAACAUCUGCAGACUCGCCCAGACGCCCAGGAUCUCAAAGAGAGACACAUCCUCCUCGACACAACCGUGGCGCCAUCCCUCCAAGCUCGCGGCCAGGAACUCGCUCGCCAGCGCACGACGGAUAGUCUCAAGCGACACCUCGAGCAUCGGCCUGAGCGGGACGAGCUUGUUGAGCGCAAUAUUCUCCCGCAUAUCAACGCCGCGCCGGCGCUGCAGGCCCACGCCAAGGAACUCGAGAAGCAUAUGCGUGCGGAUACCCUGGACCAGAGGCUGCAGCAGAGACCGCAGCCGGAGGAGCUGAUUACGCAGGGCAUCCUGACGGAGGACGAGGAUCCGAGGUUUCCUGCUGUGUAG